CCCUGUUCAUAUAUAGUACCCACAAAUUAAAUGACACUUCCAUUCAUGAAAAUGGGUGUUCUUUCUCUGCCUCUGCAUGCACGUUAAUGAGCUUCUCCCACAACUGUUCCAAUCCCAGUUGACGACUUCUUGUGCUUGAUGAUGGGUAACAGGGGAAUCAUUGUUAUUUUCACCAAAGCUUUUGUCUUUACUACCACUGUUUGGUUUUCUGCUUGAAUGGAGGGGGGUGACAUUAAAUGUUAUGUGUAUUCAAUUGUGGUUUCAUGUGUUGCUUUUCUAGGAAAAUUUAGUUUGCUUAAAUGCUUGUACCUGUAAGAGGAAACCCUCCCCCACAACCUAUCUCAAACUGUUCAAUAAGAUAUAUCUAGCUGGUUUAUGCAUGCAAGCUGUUUGCUUCAUUGCCUGAAUGAAAAAGUUGGGCGAGUUUCUGUCUUCUGCAGCAGCUUUCGCAGUUGGAUUUUAAUGGUACCACUCAGAUCUUUUUCUCUCUCUCUCACAAGCUACACUUAAUGGGGGGUUUUUGGUUGUUUUCUGGGAAGUUUGGUUUAUUCUUACAUUUGUAUAUGUAAGUGACGUGAUAUAUGGAGAGGGGUUGGGGAGGGACUUCUUCACUUGGAACUUUGUGGCAGGGGUGAAAUGAAAACAUGUCCUGUCGUUGUUACUCAUUUUGCCUUCUAGUUGAAAUUGUUCUGCCUUUGUUGUUUCAUGGAAUCUAAAAUUCCCAGGUUUAGCUGCAAAAGGUCACAAAAGUUAUUCACUUUGUCAUGCACAUGAUGUUUGGAAUCAUUUGUUUGAGCUUUCUGUCGAGCUGAAGGAGAGAGAGAGAGAGAGAGGGAAAGAGAGAAAUGACCAUACGACUGCUUGCUUAUCAUGGCCUCUAAGGUACUUUUUGUUCAAAAGCAGCAGGUUGCAGAUGGUUUUAUUUAGAAGGCAGUGUCUUGGAUUGACAUUGCUAAAGCAGUGAUGCUUUUUCUAAGAUUAGGCCUCUCGGUUUUGGAGAUCUUUCAUGGGAACUAAAGGUUAGCUGUGGUGGGCUGCCUCAGUUCUCAACCAAUACAUUGGUGUCUGGCAAGACUCAUUUUUUCAGGUUUUCGAAAAGUUUGCAGAUUCUUUGAUGGGAAUCUUUAGGGAUUCGCAAUUUGGCUUCUUUCUGCCAGAUGGAAAUUUUUCCGGUCUUUGGAGAAACAAACACUUCCCUUGUCCUCUUCAAACUGGACAGCAUUGAUAUGUGCCUUCCAUUAACAGUGUUUACUUUAUCUGCUUAGCUGGACUGAGCUGAAAUGAAGGAAGGCACUGGAACAUGAUUCCUUCGUCAGGUUUCCAGCAUGUAAAAAGUUCUCAGUAGCUUUGAAUUUCCGCUCAGCCUUUUGUUCCUACCUAUUCAGCUGCUCACCAAUACUACGUUUGAAAAAAAUCACCUUGAAAUUUGUGCUACUUGAGUGCUCUCUCUUUCUUUUCAACAGUUCGUGGUUUAGCUGUUGCAUAAGUUCCAUCGUAGUCUUUUGCAAGUAUGAAACUUGAUAUCCUAGGGGUCUUUUUUUCAACUCCCAAGUAGAAUCUGAAGAGAAUAAGAAAAGGAGAGUAUUUGAUUGAUGUAUUCAGUUGUUGCUUGACUUACAUCCUUUAAGAAUGUGCUUAGUUGGUAUGCGUAUUUCCCUGUAAAAAGAUUAAACGGUUUCUUUGUUCUGGGUUGGUGAGGAAUAGUCUGAGCUAGUGGAGCUCUUUUGAAGACUUUGUUGUUGCAGAGUUUUUGAAAGAGCAUACCGAUCAUCAGAAGCUCUUAGUUACAUGGCUGAAGAUCUGUUCAAGAUCCAUUGGCCAUCUCAAAGUUCAAAGAGUUAUGCUAUUUGACCAUGCAAUUGCUCUGGUGGCUACAUUUACCACUGCUUUUGCUGGUGCAACUCUUACAUCUCUCAAGUACUGUUCGGAUAAGGCAUGCUCAGUUUAUUUUGCUGCAGCUGAAACUUCGUUUGCUUGUGAGAGUACCAUUUGCAAUAACAAACAGUCCAAUGGCUGGAUGGAGGGAUACCCAUGUCUAAGACAAUCAGCAAGUCGCAAGCAUCGCCAAUUUAAAACCCCAGCUUAUGUUCCAAGGAGUCAGCCCUGUCUGUUGCAGACUGGUUCAACCAAAUUGUCACCUGUUUCUUCGCAAUCUAUUCCCUCAGGCAUCCAUUUAGGAUUACAAGAACGGUUAUAUUUAUUACAUACUAAGAGGAUAGCAAAGACAGUUGAUGGAUCCAAUGGUGUUCCUACAUUAACACCAGUGCAACCAUAUGAUGACACAAAAGCAUGGAAAAGGAAAGUUGCAGCCAUAGCUGGAGGUGUUGGUGCAGUUCUUCUAGUAAUUAUCAUAGUGGUAACUGUUUACUUGUGCAUUAAGAAAUUGGCAGCACAAACUUCUGAAAGGGAGUCCUCUGCACAAUCUCCAACAACAGGGUUGGAAAUAGUUGGAACUCCCACUUAUGCUAGUCCUCAUCCUCCGGGCACACACUUCCUGAGAUUAUUGACAAUUGAGGAGUUGAAGCUGGCGACACGAAGUUUCAGUGACAGCAAUAUCAUAGGCGAAGGCUUGCUUGGUUUGGUUUACAAAGGACUGCUUCUUGAUGGAUCUAUUGCUGUCAUAAAGAGAAACAUAUAUCAUCCUGUUCAGAACUUUGCUAAUGAGGUUAGACACAUCGCUUCCGUCCAGAACCAGCAUCUUGUAAAGCUUAUCGGUUAUUGUGAGGAUAGGCAGCAACAGUUUCUUGUAACUGAAUACAUAUCCGAUGGAAAUGUGGGACAAUACCUCUAUGAUAGUGAAGGUCUGCCUGUUGGGAAAUUGGGUAUCAAGCGUAGACUGGCCAUAGCCUUAGGUGCAGCAAAAGGGCUUCGGUAUCUUCACAGUUUGGUCCCUCCUUUCCUGCACAUGCAUUUCAGAACCAGCAAUGUGCUUGUGGAUGAAAAUUUCACUGCUAAGGUAUCUGACUAUGGAAUCUACAAGUGGGUAGCAGAAACUCCGCACCCGGGAUCUUCUUCUUCUGUAGAUCACUUCCUUGAUCCCGAGUUGAAUUCGUCGAGUGACUUCUCAGAGCUCAGUGAUGUCUACAGUUAUGGAGUAUUCCUACUAGAGCUGAUCAGUGGACGUGAAGCACAUGGCAAGUAUCAAUCAAACUCAGACCAGAAUCUAUUGCUUCAGGCUAGGGAUAGCAGCCUCAAUGACUUCGUGGACAAGUCGCUCCAAGCUAAGGAUCGAACGAAACGAAUCAUGGUGGAUCUGGCAUUGAUGUGUGUGGAUGUCAGCACAAGGAGACCUUCAAUGGAGAAGGUUGUCAAAGCGCUUGAAUGGAUUCGAGGGCGGGAAACUGGGCAUGUGGAUUAUGACCAUGGUGAGGAGAUUGGAGCUGUAAAACUUGGGAGUGAACUCUUCAAAUGACCAGCCUUUAUUUAUCUCCUGUCUUUCUGUGUGUUUACAUUCAACUGCUAAUUAGUGGCAUUCUUUAUUGGACGUAAUAUAAGUAGCAAAGUUUAAGCCUUUAAGUCAUUCAUCAACUUGCAAAUUGGUUCAGAGUUCAGACUUCAUAGGAGAUAGAUUCAAUCUGUCUGCCUUCCCCUUCAAGAUUAAGGAAUAGGGUUGACUAGUUUGUUUUAAUUGUGAUUAAGUGGUGUUUACUGAAUAAAAAAGGAUGGAGGCAAUCGGUGGAUGCAGAAUGUGGCUUGAAUUCUUC